UGUUCUCAGCUGUAGCGCGGGAGGGUUGCUCUGUUCCUCUUUGCUGCUUGAGGAAGACAAGCCCAGUAUGCUCGUGUGUCACAGAGCUGCGUGCCCUGGCCCAGUGCCCUCCCUUUUGUCACCGCUCAGGAGCGUUUCCCUCCCAGUCCCUGCUCCCCGCUCGCUGGUGGCUGACACAACGCUCAGCUAUCAUCAGCAGUUGUUGCUUUGCCAGCACUGCAUUAUUUGGUCCUUCUUCCCUUCAGAGGAAAGGUGUCUACAUGUGGGGAUGUGUACUUGAGGAUUAGCUUUUUUAUAGCUUGGUUAUUCAGCACAUCUGAGAAUCCUCUCGCGCCUGCCUGUGCCAGUGUGUCCCACAGUGUGACAGCUGUGCUGUGUGAUAGCCGGGUGCUGGCCCAGCUCGCCCUUUGUAGCCCCUCUCCUGCUGCUGGCUGUGGUCAGCAUUACCCUCUCGUGAGGGAGUGCCCAGAGCCACUUUCCUGUUGCAGCAGGCCCUUCCGUGCCGCUCAGCUCUCAGUGUGUCUGCCUCAGAUCCUCUGCAGAUUCCAUAUGGAAUGUGAACAUUCCGUUCCUUUCCAUUCCACAACGUGAACAGCCUUUCCAGUCCUGAGCUGUCACAUUGAUGCUCCCCAGACCAAACAGGCACCGCUCUGCAGCGGAGCUGCUCCCGCCAGCCCCUCCUGCUCCUGCCCCAUCUCUGACAAGGGCAGCCCCCGGUGCUGUGUCCCGCUGCUGCCCACGCACCCCUGGCUGUAGCUGGUGUUGUGGUGCGGGGCAUCACUCUCUCCCUGGCGCUUGGCUUUUCCUGGGGUUAAUUCUGCUCAGCUGUGGCUGUUCCCUCAGCUGCUCGGGCUCUGCCAGCCUGGAGCUGGGUUGGUGGCAGCAGGAAGGGCUUGGUGGGGUCUGUGGGCAGGAGGCAGGAGCUGUAUGCGGUGGGCUGUGUGUCUGUCUGUCCGUCCGUCUGUCAGUCCGUGUGUGUCCCUGCAGGCACGGGCAGCUGGGCCACGGGCAGCUGGAGGCGGAGCUGCAGCCGCGGCUGGUGGAGGCACUGGCCGGGGUGCCCAUGCGGGCGGUGGCGGCCGGCGGGUGGCAUUCGGCCAGCGUCAGCGAGGCAGGAGACCUGUACAUGUGGGGCUGGAACGAGUCGGGGCAGCUGGCCCUGCCCUCCAAAGCGCUGGCAGAGGAGCGAGCGCGGGAUGAGGACAAGGGCGCAGGGAGCACCAAGCUGAUGCCCUGCCAGGAGCAGCUGGCUGCCCAGGAUGCUGCAUUCAUCUCCAUCCAGGCGUUCCCUGCGCUGCUGGAUCUGCCACAGGACCUGGAGGAGGCGGGGAGCUCUACACCUGGGGCUGGGGUAAGUGGCACCCCUGCUUUGGGACUGCACAACCUCCCCGGGAGCAGCUUCUGGUUCCUGUUCUCUCGCCCUUGGCUCUUCUGUCGCUGUCCGAGUUCUGUCUACACUGGGGGCUCUUGUGUUCCCUCCCUCCCUCCCCACAAACACCAGGAGCAAUUGCCCUGUGGGGCCCCAGGGCCACGCUGUGUCAUGACUGUUUCUGCAGGUAAAUACGGGCAGCUGGGACACGGGAACAACACCAGCUGUGACCAGGCACGCCGCGUGGAGCACCUGGUGGCCGAGGGGCUGCGGGUGGAGGAGGUGGUGUGUGGGCCCUGGACCACCUAUGUGCGUGUGCGGGAGCAUUGAGGGCCCCAGGAGCUGUGGGUGCUGCAGAUGGGGGUGAGGGCAGGCUCUGCUCUGCAGGACCAGCUCCAGGACCGCUCUGUGCUCAGGGCAGGGCAGGCAGCCCUCCUGCAGCACAGGACGGGGCUGGGUUCAGCCCACAGUGACCUGAGUGGCACGCUGGAGUGGGGCUGCAGCUGCGUCAGGGCCAGGGACACCCUGGGGCGGGCUGGAUGUCUUCAUUAAAUUCACUUUUCCAUAAGGGCUGCAGUGUUGGUGUGUGUGAGCCAUGUUCCAGCAUAUCGGGCUCCAGUGAAGCUGUCCUGGGGCGGGGACUGCACGGGGCUGUGCCUGGGUUUGUGUGAGCACGGUGCUCGUUCUGGGGAGUGGCACAGACAACAGCGCUGGCACAGAGCUGGGGCUGAUUCUGCUCCUCUGGGGCGUGCAGAGGAACUCAGGGGGACUGGGACGCACAGCUGGACCAGGGGGCGCACAGCACGGUCCGGACUGAGGUGCGGCUCUGGCUCGGCACGGUCCGGACUGAGGUGCGGCUCUGGCUCGCCA